CAAGAGCCUAGUAACAAUUGAUAAAAAGUUAAAAAAUAAUAACAAAAAGAUAAUGGAGAAUAGCGGGGGCUUAACCCAGAACAGCGGGGGCAGUCCCAUUAACAACGAUGAAAUAAAAACAACAGAGGAAGGUAUAACAGAUAACAAUAUAAACAAUUUUAAAAUACCCACCCUAAACCCAAACCCACAGGUAAGAAUAGAAAUAGAUAGCUUAAAAUCCAGAACCGCGUACGUGAAUAAUGUACGAAACGAAAACGAGCAUGUAACAACCGUGUCGUCUGACGAGGACAACGAAACGGAUAAUGUAGAACUUUCAUCCACAGAAAUCAACAUGAGUGGCAAGGAGAAACAACACUACCCAGACGACGUGCUAGAGCUGAAAAAGCUAUUGGAGGAAGCUUCACAACGGAGAGAGAAAGCGAUACAGAAAGAACAGGAUCUCCGCAAAAGAAAAGAAGAAGUGGUCAAGCAACAGCUAAGAAACGCGAUAGAGAAAACUAUACGCGAAGCGGAGCAAAUAGAAAAGCAAAACAAGAAGAUGAAAAAGCAAAUAAGACAAGCGAACUCUGACGAUUCGAUAGACAUAGUCGAAGUAGAUGAACAGUCACCAACACACUUCGACCCAAAUCAACCAUCUACCAGCGGAGUAUCAAAGAAAGACAAACCAAUAAGCAGAUACUCAUACGAACGAGGUUUUUCAGAACGAAUGCAGAGGCCAUACAUUAAUCUCAAUACCAUUCCUAGACCACGAAACAAACGCGGGCAAUAUCGCCCAUGGACACAAGGACAUCCGACAGCGAAGAAGAAGAUGACAACCCACAAUACAGACCUGUAGCAGAAAUAGGAUAUGUAAAACCGAGACCUAAAAACAAGAAAUAUUCACCACAAAACAAACCAACAAU